AUGCCAUCUUUUAGAAGUAAAGUGAAUGAAAAUAUAUUAAAAAGUGCUGUUAGUCGAACGUUACAAAUUAAAUGCAAUCGCAUGCGGACAUUUAUCGAUGAAAAUCACAACUCGUUGCAUUUACAUAUCAGCGAGCUACGACAGUUUGCUUCAUCUACUGGUGGCUUAGUUCUGGAUGAAAUUCGUGCUCUUAUUUGGCCGGUUUUGGCAUCUUCGCUAGUGCAGGAUUCGCCCAGUGAUCAGGACACAGCAUCAACAAUUUCGGAUUCUGAUUUUCAAUCUGCUCAUUCUGAUUUCAUUUACGACGAGAAUAGCUCCACAGUUGACUCUGCAACCAUUUUGUCAAGCCCAACGUUGGAAGAUUUGCAAAGUCAUCGAGAGUGGUAUCAGAUAGAAAUGGACGUUAAGCGUACACUAGCACGAUUUCCGCCUAAUAUAUCGGAUAUGGAACGAUGUGCAUUGCAGGAUGAUUUAACUCCUUUGAUUGUGAAAAUUCUCUGGAGCUGUCCUCAAUUUCAUUAUUAUCAAGGUUUUCAUGAUGUUUGCUUGACUUUAUUGUUGGUGCUUGGUAAUAAAAAAGCAGAAUAUGUUGGUACACUUUUGGCAAAUAAUGGAAUCUUUAGAGGAUACCUUCUCAAAAAGCUGGAAGAUACAGUAUUGAGGGAUCUUGAUUUGAUGCAUGUAUUGCUCUGGAAAACUGAUGAAGAAUUGGAAAAAGUAGUACGUACGGUAGAAUUGGGGUCAUUAUUCGCUUUAAGUUGGCCGCUGACAUGGUUUUCACACGUCCUACAGCACUACCACCAAAUUGUUCUUUGUUUCGAUUUUUUUCUUGCUACUCACUCUCUUACUCCUAUUUUUUUAACUUCCGCUGUCGUUUUAUGGCGAAGUAGUGCAAUUCUGAAUUGUUCUCGAGAUAUGGCAUCUAUCCACCACUUAUUGAAUGUAAUGCCAAAUGAUGUCCCUAUUCAGGCGCUAAUCGACGAUGCGCGAGAUUUAUUUGGGAUGUUUCCUCCUUCAAAGCUACGUGGUGAGCUGAUGGAAGACUAUCGACAUCUUAUAAAUAUUAAUCGGAUGCGAAAACCAUCGUUUCCAAAGAUAUCUCUUCGAAAAUGGUUAGUUGCGGGUACUGCUACUGCAGCGAUAUACGUGCUCUCAAAAUAUAUGUUUAUUACUUCUUCCUAUUGA